AUGGAUGAUCUGCUGAAAGUUACCGAGGUUGUCACCAAUAUUGCGUCAUUUUUAUCUCCUGCAGAUUAUUUAAGUUUUCAACAAGUGAAUAAACAGGUUUAUACAAUCAUUAACGGCAAAAAUGAUUCAAGAUACUGGUCAUUGAAAUUGACUAGAAUGGGUCUUCAACAAUUGUAUUCAGAGGAAAAGGAAGACGUUAAAUUGCUGGAUGAAAAUGAUGAGGAAAAUCCCCUUCGCAUUUUUGAAAUAUACAAAUCUUUCACUGCUCAAAAUUCUAAAAAAGUCUUUAUGAAAUUUUAUCGUUGUUAUAAUUCAUAUGCUAGGAAACUAUAUAACAACAAUCUAGCAAAUUUCUUUCCUGCUUCAUAUUCCAAUGACCCCUUGAAACAAACAAAAAUUUUAAAUUUCAUUAAACAAUACAAUUUCUCGAAUAAAAAUGAUUUAGAAACAUUUAGUAAGAUUGACACUAAUUUCAACAUUCUUAGGGAAAUAUUCAUUAAUUCCGUUCUCAAAGAGACGGAAUUGAAUUACCAAUCCAACAAUUUAGCUGCAGUGGCCCGUUUCAUGAAAAUUUUAUUGAUAUCUAAUGAGGAAAGCAACGCUAUCGAAUUUUUCAAAUCAAAAGCUGAUUUACCUCCUAAUUUAACGGUUUUGCCCUCUAAUGACGAAUUAUUUUGGAAAGAACAACCAAAGGAAGAGGAAAGCGGUGGGAAUAUGGCCGUGUUCAAUUCUAAAAAUUUAGAUUGGUUUCUCAAUCAACUAAGGGAUUUCCUCAACGAAAAAAUCAAAUUAGCGGAUACUUUAUUCAAGGACGAGUUCCCCGUCAUAUUACAGUUUAUUGAGUACUUUAUUCAAGAUAUUUUAUUGGACAUUUUAAACAAUAUUUUAUUGAGUUAUAGUGAAUUUUUAAAAGCAAAUGGAAAGGACAGUAAAGCAAAUUAUGAAUGCGUACCAGAACUUUAUUUCACAUUUACAAGGAAGUUUGAUACCGAAUUGAAUGACUCAGUAAACGCAGGCGCAAAUUUCCAUAAAGUCGUUCGCGACCUUUUAAACCUUUAUCUCGAGCCCUUCGUUGUCAACUAUAUGAAUCAAACAACUAGAGUUUUUGAAUCGUUAAUCAGCUCACAGUUAGCUAAUUAUGAUACCCAAGUUCAAGACAAGGAGCGAGAGCAAAAUGCAAAAAUUUAUAAUACUCUAAAAGAUCAGACAGAUGCUACGAGCACAAGUAACAAUGAUUUAUCGAAUAACCUCUCAACAAUUACUGAAACAUCCAUAACUUCCCCAGAAGGAGAUUCAAAACAAAGUACUAUCCCUCAAUCAGUUCAUUCAACUAACAUUUCUAAUGAUAAACUAGACUUUUUAAGUUCCUUUACCAAGAUAUUCAAAUUCUCUAAUAAUGAAAACCAAAGACUAAAACAACAAUUACAACUAGCUUAUAACUUGAAUCUAAUUUCCAAUAACUUACAGAACAUCAAAUCGUUGAUAAGUCUCGAUUUAUGUUACAAAAUUUUACACGAAACAAGCGAAAAGACGGAUGAGAUCUAUAAAUUUCAUACGAUUCAAAGUUUGCUGCCAUUGAUCAAGUUACGCUGCCAAGAGAUUUUUAAAAUUUUAAUUACACAGUUGAAUAAGAAUCAUGUUAAGCCUGCAUUUGAAAAGGCAAUUAUGCUACUACAAAAAUAUAAUCCCAAUGAAAUAGAACAAAUAGAAAUAAAAUUCAAUUCACUUUCGCCAGCCAAUAAUCAGGUCGAACCUUUAGUACAAUUCACUGAACUAAUCAAUAUAGGUGACAUCAUAUUACAGAUGAUAUCUAUUUUUUACAAGAACGAGCUAAUUCCCAAGAAAAUUAUCGAUAAGAAUAAAGAUUUUCUCAAUGAUGUUAUCCAGUUAAAGAAAAAUUUUGAAACUUCUAUUGAUGAUUUUGUGGCCGAGGGUUUAAAUAUUGGUAUAAACAAACUAAUGGAUGAAAUUUCUUUUGUUUUCAAGACUCUUCAGUUGCCUGACGAUUAUAACCCACCACCGCCUUCUACAAAUUCUCCAAUAAGGGAUAUAAAACCAACCAAAUGUGCUGUCAGGGUAGUCGAAUUGCUUUCUAACCAUUGUUUUCUAUUGACUGGUGCUACAGACAAGGGUACCAUUGACGUAUACCAACAAGAAAUUGGUGAGCGGUUCUUUAGUGAAAUCGUAAAACACUUGAAAAAAUGCUUCAUAUCUACGGAGGGCGCUAUUUGGUUAAUCUGUGAUUUAAAUUACUUUUAUGAUUUUAUUGCCAAUAAACUAAAACAAAAAAAUGUUGUACCCUAUUUUGUUGGGCUCAAGUCUAUUGGCCAAUUAUAUAUUAUUUCAGGCAAGGACUCGAAAGAGUUGGGAAAACUUAUUUCUGAUCUUGGGAAAUUUAAUGGUAUUUUUACGCAAGAGGAAAUUUAUGAAUUUGUUCAAAGGAGAAGCGAUUGGGUUCGUGUACGAAAAGAUGUUGAAAAAGUAAUGUACGGGCUAGGCAUACGUGAUUGCUGCGUUAUGUAA